UCAUACACGUCAAUUGACGUUUAUUACUAUUUUCUGCCAUCGUGGCCGGAGCUGUCACUGACGAGAUCCGAGUGCGUGAUUUGGGGAGAACUUGGAAUUCUUUUACUGUCGACGUAGCUUUGAAGCACAGUUAUAGUACUGUAUUCUAACAUAAAUCAAAACAACUAUGGACCAAAUUGCAAAAUUCGUUGAGCCUGGAAAACAGUUUGCCAAAGACUCAAUUAGAUUAGUUAAAAGGUGUACAAAACCAGACAGACGAGAGUUCCAAAAGAUUGCAAUUGCCACUGCCAUCGGUUUUUGUAUCAUGGGCUUCAUAGGAUUUUUCGUAAAACUAAUCCACAUCCCCAUCAACAACAUUAUAGUGGGAUCAUAAAUAUAUUUUCAUAUUUAUGUCAGUUCAUACAAUCAUCAUUUUCCAUUUUCUUAGUUAAAUAGGAAUACCAUAAAUUAUAUUUUUACUUUUCAUAUAUUUAUCAUUCAAUGUUUUUUGCAUAGAAUAAAACGUUGUUUUGUAAA